AAACCGGCCUGGCUCGGAUCAGCAAGGGAGGAGAGAACUGCGGCUUCCGCGCCUGAUAUUUUAGCAGCCCCGCGAUAAACACUGGCGGGUGGACGCUUUAUCUGAGAUGUUGCUUCCACGCUGACUUGGCUGGUGAAGAAGAUAUUAUCCGUGGGUGAAUCACCGUCACGCACAAAGACCUUCAGUCAGCUAUUAUUAGCUGGAAUUAGCUUCUUGCUAACAACACAGCCGGUGAGAACGGGCAGCACAUCUUUGCGCAGCUCCGCUGGAUAUGCUUUCUGUGGCUUAUAUUGAAGGAAGACUGGGAUACAAAAAAACAACACUUCUGGAUGCUUUUAUCACCCUUUUAAAUACAGUUAGCCACAGCGAAAAACCGCUCUUGAUAGAGGGAUGGUGUGUAAUAGCACCAGAAGCUAACAUCGCUCCGUCUAUGUGAGCAAACAUUUCUGAGACAAGUGGAAGCUCUGAGCUUCAUGUUUAUCUUAAUUCCGCUACCGCGACUCUGUCCUUGAUCACAAUACCUGACCGAAGGAUUAUUUCAUGUCUCUAAGUGGAUUUCGGCCUCCCGUUGAGGAUCGUCGUGGGACCGCAGUACGUGUUUUGACAUUGAGGGAGCCCAGUCCCGCAACCUCCGCUCCCCCGCACCUUCUUCUCCGAUGUGGAGAUUUGAGUAGCACCGGCGACCAAAUCCCCCACGGCAGCCGGACAUGCUGAAGUGUAUCCCACUGUGGCGCUGCAACCGCCACGUUGAGUCUGUGGACAAGCGUCACUGCAACCUGCAGACGGUCCCGGAUGAGAUCUACCGCUACAGCCGCAGCCUGGAGGAAUUGCUCCUCGAUGCCAACCAGCUCAAAGAACUCCCCAAGCCUUUCUUCAGACUACUGAACCUACGCAAGCUUGGCCUGAGUGACAAUGACAUCCAGAGACUUCCUCCUGAGGUGGCUAACUUCAUGCAGCUGGUGGAACUGGACAUCUCCAGAAACGACAUUCCUGAGAUCCCCGAAAGCAUUAAAUUUUGCAGGGCCUUGGAGAUUGCAGACUUCAGUGGAAACCCCCUUUCCAGUUUGCCGGACGGCUUCACUCAACUUCGGGCACUGGCUCACUUGGCACUCAAUGAUGUAUCACUACAGGUUUUGCCGAAUGAUAUUGGAAAUCUGGCCAGCCUGGUGACGUUGGAGCUCAGGGAGAACCUACUGAAGUCUCUGCCUUCGUCACUCUCUUUCCUGGUGAAACUGGAACAGCUGGACCUGGGCAGCAAUGAACUGGACGUUUUGCCGGACACGCUCGGUGCUCUUCCCAACCUGCGGGAGCUGUGGCUGGACCGGAACCAGUUGUCCUCAUUACCACCCGAGUUGGGAAACCUCCGGCGACUGGUGUGUCUGGAUGUGUCAGAGAACCGUCUGGAGGAGCUUCCCUCUGAAAUAAAUGGCCUCCUGGCUCUCACUGACCUGCUGCUCACACAGAAUGUGCUGGAAAUCAUCCCAGAUGGCAUAGGCUGCCUGAAGCAGCUGUCCAUCCUGAAGGUGGACCAGAACAGACUGACCCACCUGACUGAUUCCAUAGGAGACUGUGAAAAUCUAACAGAACUCAUCCUAACAGAGAACCUGUUGCAGUCACUUCCUCGUUCACUGGGCAAGCUGAAGAAACUGACCAACUUGAAUGUAGACCGUAACCGAUUAAGCAGUGUACCCAAAGAGCUGGGUGGCUGUGCCAGCCUCAACGUUCUCUCGCUGAGAGAUAACCGCCUGGGCAAACUGCCUUCUGAGCUUGCAGACGCCACGGAGCUGCACGUGCUUGAUGUGGCUGGGAACAGACUACAAAACCUGCCAUUUGCCCUGACCAACCUGAACCUGAAGGCCAUGUGGCUUGCCGAAAACCAGUCGCAGCCCAUGCUCAAGUUCCAGACAGAGGAUGAUGAACGUACAGGAGAGAAAGUGUUGACAUGCUACCUGUUGCCACAGCAGCCGUCCCCAAGCCUCGAGAACUUGCUGCAGAACAGCGUGGAUGACAGCUGGACUGACAGCAACCUGAACCGUGUGUCAGUCAUUCAGUUCCAGGAGGAGACCAAGCCUGAGGAAGAGGAUGAUGAAGCCGAUGAAGAACGCAGAGGCCUCCAACGCAGAGCCACACCACACCCGAGUGAGCUGAAGGUGAUGAAGAAGGUGAUUGAGGAGAGGAGGAACGAAGCCUACUCAUCCAAACCUGGUGGAGAUGAAGAGUUUCUUGAUGCACAGGAGAAACGACUGAGCGACCUUUCAAAUCAGAGCCAUGACUCCCAGGUGUCUAACAGCACACUAUCAGCCACCUCCCAUGAAGACAGACCGGAAGCGACCUUGCAGAAAGAGGACCUUGUAGAUGGCCACUCCCCUCAAGAGGGGGAAGAGUUGGACGAGAUGGAGGUGGAGUAUAUCGAGCCCACUGUGCACUUUGCAGAAGAACCCAUAAUCCGCGGUGGGGAUGAGGACGACGAGGAUGAUGGGGAGGAUGGCGAGAGGAGCGAUGAGGAAGAUGAGAGACCAGCAGUGCCCAUAGAGAAGCAGCGUCUGAUCAGAAAGGACACACCGCACUACAAGAAGCACUUCAAGAUCACAAAGCUGCCCAAACCCGAGGCUGUGGCUGCGCUGCUGCAGGGCUUCACUCCUGAUGGCCUCAACUCCUCCACCCAAGCUGCUGAGGAGGAGGAGGAAGAGCACCUUCUCAGAAUGGAGGCACCAGAGCUGGAAGACAGCCGCCAUAUCCAGGUCAACACCAGCCAAGUUAAGGGGGUGUCAUUUGAUCAAGUCAAUAAUCUGCUGAUUGAACCUGCUCGAAUUGAGGAGGAAGAGCACAACAUUACCAUUCAACGGCAAACAGGUGGCCUCGGUAUCAGCAUUGCUGGUGGGAAAGGGUCCACGCCUUACAAGGGAGAUGAUGAGGGAAUCUUCAUCUCUCGAGUGUCUGAAGAGGGUCCUGCAGCCAAAGCAGGGGUCAAAGUAGGAGACAAACUCCUGGAGGUGAAUGGAGUGGACCUCCACGAAGCAGAGCAUCACACAGCAGUGGAAGCUCUCCGUAGCUCAAGGGCCACAGUUUCCAUGACAGUGCUGCGAGAGCGCAUGGUGGAACCAGAGAACGCCAUCACCACCACACCACUAAGGCCAGAGGACGACUACUUCCCACGGGAGAGACGCAGCAGUGGAGGCAUUGCUUUCGGCACAGACGGAAGUCCCAGCACUCCUCGGCAGCGACUUUCUACCUGCCUGAUCCGUAAUGACAAGGGACUGGGCUUCAGCAUUGCAGGAGGAAAAGGAUCCACACCAUACCGCACAGGGGACACGGGAAUCUACAUCUCACGAAUCUCAGAGGGUGGAGCUGCUCACAGAGACAGCACGCUGCGUGUUGGGGACCGAGUGAUCUCCAUCAAUGGUGUAGACAUGACAGAGGCCAGGCAUGACCAGGCAGUAGCACUCCUUACUGGCACCUCCCCCACUAUCACCCUCCUGGUGGAGCGUGACCAGAAUGCACCAGGUGGCUCUCCAGGUCUGUCCAGGGCCCGGGCCCACUCCCCUCCUCCCCCUGAACCUUCAGACUCUCCUGACCAGGAGGACGAAGGCCUUCACGGGAACCACCUGGGUCGAUUAGAAGAUGAGUAUCCCAUUGAGGAAGUGACCCUGGUGAAGUCAGGUGGCCCUCUUGGUCUGAGCAUUGUGGGGGGCAGUGACCAUGCCAGUCAUCCAUUUGGGAUCAAUGAACCUGGAGUUUUCAUCUCAAAGGUGAUACCUCACGGCCUGGCAUGUCAAAGUGGGUUGCGUGUUGGCGACCGAAUAUUAGAAGUGAACGCGAUUGAUCUGCGUCACGCCACACAUCAGGAGGCUGUGCGCGCUCUACUAGCCAACAAGCAGGAGAUCCGUAUGUUGGUGCGACGGGAUCCAUCACCGCCCGGCAUGCAGGAAAUUCUCAUCCAGAAGCAGCCAGGAGAGAAGCUUGGAAUCAGUAUUCGUGGAGGGGCCAAGGGGCAUGCUGGAAACCCCUUUGACCCCACAGAUGAGGGAAUUUUCAUUUCUAAGGUAAGCUUGACUGGCGCAGCUGCACGAGACGGUCGCCUGCAGGUUGGCAUGCGAAUCCUCGAGGUGAACAACCACAGCCUGCUUGGGAUGACACACACAGAGGCAGUGCGAGUACUUCGAGCAGUUGGUGACUCAUUGAUCAUGCUGGUGUGUGAUGGCUUUGACCCAAGGAAAGUGGCUGCAGGGGAGGCAUCUCCUGGCAUCAUCGCCAACCCCUUUGCGGGAAACAUUGUUCGUAAAAACAGUAUGGAGAGCAUCUCUUCUAUAGACAAAGACCUGAGUCCAGAGGAGAUAGACGUCAUACAAAAGGAGUCUGAGAUGGUGAAAGAGACAUCGCAGUGGGAGCGAGAAGAGAUGGAGAAAGUGGAGCGUAUGCGUUUGGAGCGUGAGGAGGCAACUCGCCUACUAGAAGAGGAGACCGAGAACAUUGGCACCGGUCCUCUCAAACUUGACUACAAAACUCUGGCUGCACUGCCCACCACCAGUCUGCAGAAGGUCAACAGGGCUCCUUCCUCUGACUUUGCACGGACAGACAGCCCAAUCAGAGAGGCGCCGUACUCCCCAACUAUCCAACCGGCAAACAUUCAUUACACCUCCACUCCCACUGCCAAGGAGAGCACUUCAUCAUCAACAAGACCGGGUGCCAUCCAUCCAGUUGGGCGCAUGAGGCCGAGUACCUCUCCUGCCACUCCAGACGGCCACAGUCCCAACCCCUUCCAGCAUGGCCCCUCCCCUUUCAACUCCCAGACCUCUCCUUGUGCCCCCUCCCUCUCCUCACCUGACGAGUUUCCUAUGAAUGUCAAGGAGGCAUACAAGGCAUUUGCAGCCGUGCCUCGCUCUCUGGCAGUGCUGGAGCCGCCACAGGAUCUGUAUGGUCUGAAAAAUAACUUCCACAGCAAGCAAGAGCCUGAGCUGAACGACGAGGUCUUUGAUGGUGACGUAGAAUGUCACACAGGAGCUGGUAAGGUUUUGACAACUGACAAGGUCUCCCCCUGGCCCUCCCUCUCGUCUGACCGUCGGGACUAUAUCAGCAUGGCAGCAGUCCCUCGCCACUCCAGGCCUUCCUGGGAUGAGCAGAGUCCUUCUCCCAUUGGAAAGGACAGCCCAGAACAGCGUUCUUUCAGGGACAGACAAAAGUAUUUUGAGAUUGACGUGAAGCAGCAGACACCAGACAAACCCAAACCUCGCAUCUCCCUCGUCGGCGAGGACGACCUCAAAAAAAUGAGAGAGGAAGAAGCAAGAAAGUUUGAGCAGUGCGCACGAGAGUAUCUGCUGGAUGAAGACGAUGAGGAUGAAGAGGAGGAUCUUGCUAAGCAGGUGGCACAGAUGAAAGCCACUGGCAAGGUGUUGCUGGAUGGAGUCGAGUACCCGGUGGAGCCAGUGAACAGCCCAACCCAGCAGUGCGCCACACCGCUGACCCACAACACCACACCAUCUAGCUAUUGUGGAAGCUCGGGGCCCUCCUCAGUCGACAGUAAGGGGGAUUCCAAGAGGAAUUCACUGGAGGACAGCUUCAGGCCCGAGCAGAGACCGAGCUCUAUGACAGGUCUAAUUCCAGCGUACUCUGGGGAAUCGGCCGCUCCCAUCCGUACAGCCAAAGCGGAGCGCAGACAUCAAGAGAGGCUCCGCAUGCAGAGCCCCGAGUUGACCGUCGCCCCUGACAAGGAUCUGUCUCCUGCUGAGAAACGAGCUCUGGAGGCUGAGAAGAGAGCCAUGUGGAGAGCAGCACGGCCCUAUGGCUUAGAGGAGGAUGUUAGGCAGUAUGAGCAGGACCUGGCUAAGAAGCUCUACCAGGCCAGAGUGAGGGCAUCUCAUGGUGCAGCCCCCCAGCCCCUCACCUCCUCCACCUCCUUUGCAGCCUCCCAGCUCAGAAUGAAGUCUCUGGAGCAGGAUGCACUGAAAGCUCAGAUGGUCAUUGCCAAGUCUCGUGAUGGGAAGAAACGUGGUGCACUAGACCAGCUGACGGAGUCUCCAUCUCCAGCGCCCACACCGUCUCCCACCCCCAUGGAAGAGCUCAGUCCUCGAGGAGUGACGUCACCUGGCAGGCUGUCCCUGUCAUCAAAGAAGUUUGACUACCGGCAGUUUGCUGCAAUUCCUUCUUCCAAACCCGUAUACGACAUCCAGUCUCCUGAAGUGACCGAUGAGACACAUUUUAUCGGCGACGGUUCCGACAACCAAGGGCCCGCUGCGAGCUCUGAGGGCGAGGUUCCCACGCCGCUGCCCGCCACCUCAGCCCUGGAGGAGAUGGCCCUGUACAGCAACAAGCGCAAACUGAGGCAGGGUCGCCGCAGCCUGGAAACCGCCGUGCCCACGUAACGCCUCACACGGACACACGUGAAAAAAAAAACACAAAUUUACAGGCACUGUGGAACUCUGGGGAGCACCCAGGCGGACCCAGAAGAGGCACACAGUCACUAAACACUAGCGUAACAUUUACGCUUCUAUAUGUCACCGCUGCAGAUGCCGCCAGGCUGAGAGUCACCGCUUUCAUCCUGCGUGCCGGUCUGCAGACGACUCGGCAACAAACAUCACUGAUGGCGAGAACGCGCUAAUGUGGUUAGCUAGGAAUGCUAGCUUUUAUUUGUUUUACACUGUUUGCCUAUUAGCAGCCGAAUUACUCUAACAACAGGUGACCAAUGUUUUAGUUAAUUUUUACACAUCCAAUGAUUUUGCUGUUGUUUGUUUUUAUUUUAAAGCAUACUGGAAGAGAGAAGAAAUGGGUCGCAUUAAGUUCCUGAAUGAUAUUUUUAGGGUUUCCGUGAAUAGAUUGUAUAAUGUCAGGGUUUUUUUUACGACAAGGGUGGAGAGGAGUGUAAAUAAUGAGUGAGGAGGGAAAUUCCUGCUACCUUCAGUCUCACACACACACACACACACACACAAAAUUAUUACAGAUUGUUUUUUGCGCAGCCAGUUGUAUAAGGACGUGUAUCUUAAUUUAUUUUAGCAUUUCACUCAAAUUAGGCGCUUUAGAUUUUAAACUUUUAACCCAUUCAUAAUUUGGUGAAGUGGGCUCAUUCAUGAUUCAAGUCAGAAGUUUAAAAAUUUUUAAUUGUUUGUUUUUGUUUUGUUUUUUAACACACAGAUUAUGUAUCGUCACGUAAAUAUGACUCUUAAAAACUCUACUCUCAGUGAACAGUACAUCAUUUCUCUCACAACAUGAAAGUUUUCUGGAAAUUGCUGAUUUUCAGGUUUGGUGCGUAGAGUUUGUUUUAUACUGCACAGUGAUACGUUGGCACGAUACGUUUGACUGUUAAUAGGCUGUAUUCAAGAAAAAGCAAACUCCAUUUUUAACUAACGUUAGCAGUGACGCUGAUGCUCAUUUGGAGUGUUCCAUGUUUAUACCUCCCCUAUGAAACAAACCAACCCAGAAGAGGAACAAGUUGAAGUUUCUUCAAUGGCCAUAUAGCACCAUUAGCAGCUACUGGUAGCUUGAUGAUGUUUCUUCCUGUUACUCCAUAGUUAGAAGCAAGAAGCCAGUCAAAAUUUCUUUGAAUGCCUGAACCAAGGUUAGCGUAUUAACUUUAGGUUGUUUGGUAACUCCAAGAUGGGCGCGUAUUCCAGCUUCAUUUGUCCUGCCCAUGCCCCACCUCUUUACCCAUUGGUCAGGACAGAGGCGGAGUAAGCACUGCCAACAUGGCAACACCCAAAGCAGCACUUUUUGGGAUUUUCAGAAAACCUAUAGGUGACGUAACAGAGGGUUUGUCCAGUAAAUAUAUAUUAGGGUGGUCUUCUACUGUAUGCCAAAAAUAAAAAUGUGACUUUCUUGAGGUGCUUCCUGACAGAAUUGUUCAUCUUGAUGAGAAAAUGUUUUGUGCAAAAUUUUAUUUCGAUAUGACUGUUCUAACCACGGCUGCAUGUGGAGUGGAAAUUGCAGUAGUUGAGCAUAUUAGCACAAACCAGCAAUAGUAAUGUACCUGUUCACAAAUGAAAUACUAAUUGAAACAGUUAUCCUUUCUUCUUUAACUGUUCACCUUUUUGGUAAAAACAGUCAUGGGGAGUGGCAUUUUGCCUUCCGAUUUUCUUCGUCUCCGAGAACUGACGUCAAUGCCACUCAACAGCUUGCAAAAGGUGGCGCUGUUGUAAUCCUGGAUAAGUGCAACUCUUCGCUCAGCAAAGUCAUUGAAAGCAUCAAUGUUACUCAGGACCUGCUGUGACAACAGGAAUGACGGGUCAUCCUCCCACUCUGAGGGGUCCUUGAUGAGGAAGUCCAUGUUGAUGUUGAAGGCCUCAAAAAUGCAACCUGAGGCAGAUGGAACAAAAUCUGCAACUAAUGAACUAAUGUAUCCAGUCCAUAACUCAAAAUAUCACUUGCACGUCACAAAAAACGGGUCAGGCAGCAGUGGUUAAUAUUUUUCCAAUCUCGUGAAAUUUCACCCAAUUUAUUUUUCCCCCUAAAGGAACCAAAAAAUGAAGAAGUGCCUUGAAAAAGCUGUGCGAGAUGAUAUGUUGACCUGGUACCUCUGACUAUCGAUGGGCUACCAUGCUAGGGUUAACACCCGUGUUGGCUCUGAUGCUAACCGUCAUUGAUGCUGACAUUAACGUUGAUGCUUUUUUUAGGGUGUACUGGUGUUUAUGCCCGACAUGUCAACAUGGCGCUGUUAAUGUACUUUAUUAAAGAACAUGAUAACUGCUAGCACAAAUGCUAACAUUUGGUCAACAUCUGUUAGUGUUUCCAGAAGAAAAAACUAAUUAUGGUUGAUACAAACAUCAGCACAUCUACAGCUGGAGUCAACCCUGAUGUUAGCAGUGGCCUCCGUUAGGGUCUUUAAUACGGCCCGUCGGGGUCAAACGUGCCGUGUUGGCGUAUUUAUACAGUGCACUACCUAUACAAAUAGCACUACGCUCCCAAGUUGGAAAUCCAUUCCUUUAAGGAAAAGUUUCCUCUCUGUCUGAACACCUUUUCUCUUGUUACAUUCCUGCUGUAGAGCCUGUGUCUACACUGAAGGUGGCAGCGUUGAGCAGACAGUUUAACUGACACUCUUAUUUAGUAACGGUACAUAUUCGGCACUUUUUAUUUUUAGGGUAUUGUUUUCAUACUAAUGUGAAUCUUAGUCAUUUCUGUCCUUUUCUGCAGGGAUUCCAGAGUGAUGUGAAGGUAGCAGGCAUUUUAUUUUUCUGUCUAACAAUAAUUUAAAUCUCAUGCCACUGGGGAAAAGAAAACUCUUUGUGUGAAUAAUGUACAAAUACUGAAAGGAAAGCAGAUGUUUUGAAUUUGACACUGAGCCUGUCUUGACCUCUGUGGAGAUUUAACAUGUCAGAGUUUGGACCGGCUCCUCUCUGCCUGUAUAUCGCUUUAUUAAUGGGAGAUGACAACCAUCAAAUCACAUGAAACAUCAGACAUUCAGUUCACUUCUUGGUGGAAUUUUUCCAGGAUCACAGACUCUAAUUUAACCUAGAUCUUUAAAUUCUAGUUUCCACUUUGUGCUGUCUGAAAUUCAGUUUGCUUGUUUGUUUGUUUUUUACUGACAUUAGGUAAAUCUUUUCAGAGGGGGUUCACUACAUCAUUAAUGCAGCAUCUCAUGUUUGCUUUAUUUGUUUGUCUCGGUUUAUUUUGGGGGCUUUAUUUCUUGCAAAUAGGUCUGAGGGAACAGGGUCAGAGGUCCUAGGGUCAAAGGUUAGAGCUCAUACAAGACUGUAACUAGUGAAUUUGUACAACCAAAGAAGUCUAUUUUGUGGUUCAGAAAUAAUAAAUUUUACUUUUCAUUUAAGAAGCA